AUGGCUCCGUCGCAGCCGCUCCCCCUCGAUCCCGCCCAAGAGCCGCACUCACAAUCCAAGUAUUCCGCCGCCACCUCGCGAUCCGUCUCGCGCCUCGACGAAGAUGACCGCUCCUGGGAGCACACCAUCCGUCUAGUCUCCCCCGAACCCGUACUGUCACCGCCAACCCUCGGCCACUCGCGCGACUCCUCCACCGAAAAGCUCCCGCGCCUCCAGCCCACCCUCACAUCCCCUCGAUCCGCCACCGGCGCUUCCGCCCGACAUAACAUUGAUGCCUCGCGCGUCGCCGCCUACGGACAUCACCGCCAGACCUCGAUCGUACACGGCAUACAGCACUCCAGAAAUGGGAGCAUCGCCAGCUCCGCCUCCAGCCCCUUGAGUCCCCAGAUGAUUGCCGCCGCUGGCGUCGGACUCGACAUGGACUCGGUCGGCGCCAGAAUGGAUUCUGUCGCGACGGCAACCCCGUCGACCGCAGCAGGCAGUACAUCGUCCGCCGCCAUGGAAAAGUCAGUCUCGGCGACAGAUGCGUCCGCGUUCAGUGCAACACAGCGCAAGGUCGACCAAAUACACCCCAAAUCACGGCGCGACCAUGCACCCCAUCACUCUCAUUCUUCUCGACAUCGUGACGACCAGAAAACUGUGGGAGAAUAUGCCCUCCAUGUUCUCUUCACGUCCUUCAUUGCCCAAGCCGAGGAAAAACUAAACGAAUGCAUCACCGUGCCCUUCGACCCCGAACCAAGCGUCGACCAAAUAUGCGGCCCCGGCGUCGACCCCGCCUUUGACCAGCUCAUCGUCGCCCUAGGUCAUAUUGCCAGCCCCAAACCGAAAGCCUUGAUCGACUCCAUGAUGCUGUGGCGCAAAAGCAAGAGCGAUGCCGCCAACGACGCCCGCAGCCAGCUUCAGCAGCUGCGCAAUCACACACCUGGUACGCCGUUGCUGCGAAGAAACACGGAGCCGGCCGGCAUCAGCCCUGCGGACAAUGCUUUCCCGACGGGCGUGUCUUUGGGCGCGAAACAAGAAUAUGUUGCGCAGCAGGAACGGCGCUCUACAGUCUCCAUCUACAUCCUGUGCCGCGUGCUUGUCGAGGUCAUCUGCCAGAGCAGUCUGGCGUCAAUCACUCCGGAAAUGGAAGACAAGCUGGAGAGCAUCAUAUUUGGCCAGCUUAAGAUUGCCGACACGGAACAGCUGGCCAUUUCUCCUCUCAAGAUGGCCAACUGGAAUCUCUUCGCCCAACUGCUUGGCUACAUGAGCGAAAUCAACUUUGUGGGAAUCACUCGUCGAUUUGUCGAGGACCUGGGUGCCUGUCUUCAGGAGCGGACAGUAAGGAGCCCUACGUCCAUCUCUGGUCGCGAAGUAGAGGGCAAAAUCGAACUUGUGCUGAACGGAAUGAAGCACCUACGCAUCAAGGUGUCCCCGGAAGAGUCGUGGGAGCAGUCCUGCGAUUUUCUCAUCAAACUGGGUCGCCUUUUCAGCAAAUCCCAUGGCCAAAGAGUUAAGUCCGCCUUUUGCCAUGUGCUCGAUAUGCUGCUCCGUCCCGUCGCGGCCAAGGCUCUCAAUAGUCAUCUCAUGCAAGCCAAAUGGGCUGACGUGCUCUCUGCCAUCGGACCGCGCCUCGCACAAAUGCACCUAAAACCGAGGCACUGGGCUGUAUCUUUUCCUCUCACUGCGACCCUUCUUUGCGUUUCGCCACCAGAAAAUUUCACAUCGCAGUGGCUGUUGCAAAUAAUGCCCCUGCAGACAAAAAUCAAGGAUAGAUUUACAAAGCCGCUUUGCCUGCAGGUCAUUUCUCGGCUUGUCUGGACCUAUCUUUACCGCACAAACGACAGCCAGAUGAGUGCCGCGAGGAAGCUGGAUGAUGUUAUACGUCUCGUAAUGCCUUCCUCAAAACGCAGUCUGAUUGCUGCUGAUGCUGCCGUCACCGAGCCUCUGAUCCAGCUAAUUCGCAUCAUUGGAUUCAAAUACCCAGAGUUCUGCUUCAAAAACAUCAUAUUUCCCCUCAUAAACGCCGAAAAUUUCUUGCAGAAUAAGGACCUUAAGGUGGAACAGCUUGACCCUGACAGAAUCGUUAUUGGAAUCCGCGCUUUCCUCAGCAUCAUGUCAGACCUCGAAAAGGGCGAACAGGGCCGGCCCCCUUUCCCGCAAACCUUCGAAGCUGUAUCGAAUCUUGACAGGUUCUCCACGUCCCCCAUAAUGUCCACCAAGCCGAGAUCACCUACAAGCCCUGCAGCUCCGCCGAAGAAAGACACUGUCUCGCGACCCGUGCUCACCUCUGUUCUAACAGACGGGGUUCGCGAAUACUACUUCAAAUUCUGUCAAGUUUUGGGGAAAAUCGCUGUUGUCUGCGACAACACCUUCGGUGGACAAGCCACCUUGGAUGAGAAGUUCAAUAGUCCCGGACCCAAGACGCCAAUCUCCGAAUCCUUUACAUUUUCCCGCAAGGAUGACGUUCAAACCGCGCAAGAUCAACGGCAAGCAUUCUACGAACUUCUACAUGUUGCUGUGCAGGCAUUGCCGAGAUGUCUCGGCCCGGGUGUGCAGCUUAACACUCUGAUCAACGUGCUCUGCACUGGUACUGCUCACGUUCAGUUUCAGAUCGCAGACUCUUCUGCAGACUCUCUCAAGGCCAUCGCCAAGCAUUCCCUGGCGCAGCAAGUCACCAUGGGGUUUGCACGAUUCAUUUUCAACUUUGAUGACCGGUAUUCGACCAUGUCGGAUGGUGGAAUGCUUGGACCAGGACACAUUGAAAACACGCUACGCAUCUAUGUCGAGCUGAUGCAAAUCUGGAUUGAAGAGAUUCGCCAAAAGAUGAGAGACGCAGCUUCGGGGCAGGGUGAUGGGAAAGGAGCUGACCAGAGAGCACUCCAGCUGGACUUGUCUCAAGUCUGGGGUGAGGUUGACCAAGCCGAGGCCCAUGGCCUCUUUUUUCUUUGCUCCCAAUCUCGUCGCGUGCGCCACUUUGCCAUUACUGUGCUGAAGCUCAUUACUGAGUUCGACAAGGCACUGGGUAAAGAUACUUCUGGCGAGAAGGAUACUCUCAGGCUUAUUGAUAUCCUCGAGAACGACUCCAUCCAAGUGAUGAACUUCAACGAAGAAGGUCUCUCUCUUGCAGAGAAAAGUCGUCUACAGCGCGGGCUGCAAAACACCAACAGCAAAGGGGCCGUUGUUGAGCUCUGCACCAGCGAUAUCUCAUACGACGCAACGCUGUGGUUCAAGAUUGUACCGAAUUUGAUCCGCAUUUUCUUUGAGAGAUGCCCAUUUGCCGUCACAAUUUGCCGUGACUUGAUCUGCAAUCGCAUUAUCCAAAUGUACAAAGCUAUCGUCUUACUAUCCGAGCCCUCUCGGAGCCUGUUAUAUGGUGGAGAGUCCGGAAACCAGCGUUUGGGAAAUAGAUCUGCGGCUGCACAUCCAGAGGUUAUGGUUGAGCAAUGGAAGCUCUACUUGAUUUUUGCCUGUACAACGAUGGCCGACCCCGGGGCGCUGCCGGCACCAGCGAACCCCAAGGACAGACAGCACAGCCGGAGAGGCUCCCGGCAUACCUCAACCGAUAAAAUUGUGACGGCUCGAACUUUGUUCAAGUACUUGAUACCGCUACUCUCAGUGUCCUCGGCAUCAGUUCGCGAGGCCGUUGUAGUGGCUAUGGGUUCAAUCAACAUCCAUAUUUACAGAUGUUUGUUGGAGGAGCUGCAGGGCCAAGUUGCUCGAUGCAAUGACGAGGCUAGAGCCAGAAUCCACCAGCGGACAAACAGCAGCCCUCGGCGAAACAGGAAGAUGGAUUUGCUGCGAACAGAAAUCACGCACGUCUUUAAACUGACAUCCCACUUUUUGCGGGACGAGCGCGUGUACCAUAACGAAUUCUUUCUGACAACCUUGACGACUUAUGCCAAGGAUUUGAAGCUGUUUCUCAUGGAUGGUGAAGUGCAGAUGGACUGGGAGUUCCAGAAGCUGCGACAGCACUACUGCGGGCUGAUGGAAAGCCUAUUUGAUGGUAUAAACCGCUCAAAAGACCCCUCGCGAUGGAUGACGUUUGAGUCACGAAAGUCUGCCUUCUCCUUGAUGGAAGACUGGUGUGGCUUUUCGCCGAAUCAGAACCAGAUUCGUGCCCGGGAAGAUUCCAUGAGACAGUCAAUCAUUGACCAGCAGACCUUGGGAGAGCGAGGAACUGUGACAGCGGCUAUGGAGAUUGAGAAGCGAAACCUACGUAACGCAGCGCUAAGUGCUAUGGCAGCGCUUUGUGCAGGCCCGGUUACUUUCACAACCGAAAGCGGCGUGACACUGCAGUUUGAUGUGCGCCGAAUGCUGGCAUGGGUUGAAGGCAUCUUUAAUUCUGGCAGUGACCGUAUGAAUGUCACUGGCCGACUGGCCCUCAAGAACCUUGUCAUCCAUAACCGAGACUACCCCUAUCUCCUAGGUCGCUGCAUUGCACGCUGCUAUCUUGCAGAUGCACCCAAAGUCCUCGAAAGCUACUUCAUGGUGACCGUGGAUGUGCUGCAAGAGUGCCCCGAGUACCCUUGCCCGUUUUGGAAAAUGCUCAGCCUCUGUCUCUUUACCCUCGGAAACGAGCAGAGCGAGAUUCGAUCAAAGUCUGCUGCUGCGCUGCGUUCACUCGAGAUUAGACAGCAGCGCAACUCCAAGAUUCGCGACUUCGACAUUAGCAUUGCGGACAAGACGCAGGCAGUGUACAAGCUGGCGCAGUUUGAGAUUUCAAAGCGACUGGCGAUGUCAUACACUGAGCUGGCCUUCCACAUUGUGUCCGAGUUGACUUACUAUUUCAAGGACCUCCAGCCGGCGGCGCAGCGAAACGUCGUUGCCGUGAUUCUGCCUUGGAUCCAAGCGAUCGAGUUGAAGCUUGACCCCAACGGCGGGCCUACAGCCCAGUCAUACGUCCUACUGGCUAACCUCCUUGAAAUCACAAUCAAGUCAAGCGGUGCCCUCCACCAUGAGGUACAAGCGCUGUGGCAGGCCCUGGCAACUGGCCCGCACCCCGGAAACGUGCGGCUUGUUCUAGACUUUAUCAUGCAGCUGUGUCUGGAACGACGAGAGCAAAAUUUCGUGGAGUAUGCGAAGCAAAUUGUCGUCUUCCUGUCCACCACAAGCGGUACGCCUGGUAUCAAGGUUGUCGAGUUUUUGCUGCUGCAAAUCACGCCCAAGGCUAUGGUACCCAACGAGAAGCGAAACUCGAUACCUCCACCGCCAGAUGUCAGUGCCUUUCCGUACUGUGCCGACCUUAAUGAAGCUCUGCCAGUUGGGACGAAGCAAGCGGGAUUUUCGCUGGGACAACUGUCUCUCAUUCUGCUCGUCGAUCUGAUGGUUGCACCAGUAAACCUGUCACCUGAGAGCAUCCCUUCUCUCUUGCAUGUGGUGGCCGUCUUGUGGGAUCAUUACACGCCAUUAGUGCAAGAACAAGCUCGGGAAAUGCUAGUUCACUUGAUACACGAGCUAGUACUCUCGCGAAUGGACGAAACCCUCCACGACUCAAGAAAGCAGGCCAUCGAGGAACUAAUUGAUCUGGUCCGCGGCCAUGACCGCGCUGUGGUCUGGAGCUACGAAGACAGCAACGGCAAGGUUGAUGAGCAAGACAACAAGGUGCCGCCUAGUAUGGAAUAUCUCACGGCGGAAGUGCUGCAGACCUUUGAGCCUGCGUAUCCCGGCAUCAAAGAGCAAUGGGGUAGGCUCUCCCUUACAUGGGCUACGUCUUGUCCUGUUAGACAUCUGGCCUGUCGGUCGUUCCAAAUCUUCCGCUGCGUCCUGACCUCGUUGGAUCAAUACAUGCUCGGCGACAUGUUGGCACGACUGUCGAAUACCAUUGCUGACGAGGAUCCAGAGAUCCAGUCGUUUUCCAUGGAGAUCCUGACAACUCUAAAGACUCUGAUUGUCAAGCUCGAGUCGGACAAGCUGCUCACUUUCCCGCAGCUCUUCUGGACGACGUGCGCUUGUCUUGACUCCAUUAACGAGCGGGAGUUUGGGGAAGCAGUUGAUAUGCUGAGUGAGCUCGUAAGGAAAACUGACCUGCGGUCUGCCAAUGUUCGACGCCUUAUUGCCGACGGGCAGCCAUCUCGCUGGGACGGUGCAUUUGAUGGUCUACAGCCACUGCUUCACAAGGGCCUUCGCUCGGCGGUGUGUUGGCAGCCAACGCUGGACAUUAUGGAGCAGCUCGUGAUGCUCCCGAAUGACCCUCUCAUUGGCGAUGACCAGCGUCUCUUUUUCACCCUGCUGGCCAACUUCCCACGAUUCCUCGACGACCUGGAACAACGAACCGUACCGUCAGAUGAUGUUCUUCGGUCAGCACGCGUCUUGUUUGCAGAGGCAGACCGGCAAGGCCUUGAAGGGAUUGCGCAGGUCAUGGACGACUACGUGAAUGGCGAAUACCACGGUGGCGGCGAUCUCCUGAUGCCCCUUUUUCAAGCGCUGAAGGAGUACUAUCUCCCACGGCUUGACUUUAAGAUGAUCACCUUCUUGCUUGGACUGCUGACAAACUCUAUUACCUGGGUCAAGGUCCAUGCAAUGCGCAUCCUCUGCGUUGCGAUUCCGGCAGUAGACAUGCGGAACCCUGAGCUCGCAGGACACGGCUCUGAUUUGAUUUCGCCUCUCCUCCGCCUGCUCCAAACCGAUCUGUGCAUGAAUGCGCUCGAGGUUCUUGACAAUAUCAUGACCGUCUCUGGUAGUCACAUGGACAAGCACCACUUGCGCAUGAGCAUGACGCGUGCCACCUCCAAGGUGAUCCGCAAAGAAUAUGAGCGCACGCAGAGUCUGUUUGGUAUCCCGGAAGCAUCGGGAUGGGCGAUUCCAGUGCCGGCCAAGAAGACAGAAGCCACUCGCGCCAAUAUUCAUGCUGCGUUCUACAUGUGCCAAAGCGCGGAGGGUUCGUCCACUGAAGCCACGCCCACAGCUGAGGUUGAAUUCCACAACGACGACUUUGCGUAUGGAUACUUUGAGGCGCCAGAGCGCACAGCGACCAUGCUCUCUGACGACGGCCGAGCUGACACUCUGGUCGGUGAUCUCGUGACCAAGCUGGAUAGCCUGGAUGACUUUUUCGACGAGCCUUCAAGCCCUCACACGGAUGAUGAUGGCCGCUCAUCAAGAACGGUGACAGAAUACCACCCGGACGCGUUUGAUUCGGAGACGCAGUUGUAUGAUGAGCAGAUCCUGCCGAUCCUCCAUCAAGCAUCAAACAACACGUCGUUCCAGAAUGGCUUCGCCGACAGGCCGCCUGCCAUGUCUCGAGAAGCGAGCGCCAAUGCGAUGAACCCUGGCGCUUUUAACAUCAUGACUUCGCCGCGGCCGGGGUUGCACUCGCGCUCCAUCACGUCCCCGUCUGCGCCAGCCUCAUACCACCCACAUCUGGCAGGCGAAAUUACGUCUGACGAGGAAUACCUUUCGGGCGGCGUCUCGGACGCUGACGACGAGCGGCCCAACGCAGCGCCCAACAUUGGCAGCGUCUUCUUCCUCGAGAACAUGGUGAACCGGCCGCCACCGAAGUCGGAGGUCAUUACUACUGCGACGGCGACACCGACUGGGGCACUGAACUCGCCGAACCUGCGGAGACUGACGAGCCGGUCUCGUGACGAGCAUCGCGGGCGAGAAAAGACGCCGCCACAACCCGCGCCGAAAAUGCCCACGACGAACCCCAGCAUGUUUGCGGGCGGGCAGCAAGAUUUAUUGUAG